CUGUUAUCAACCUCGCAGCUUAAACCCGCGGAUCAUACUCGCCCAUAUUUCAUAAUGCCAAACUCAAACUCAUGGCCGUUAAAGUCCUAUCAACCGAUUCGAUUGGUCUAUCAGUUGUGCUGUGUAAGCGCUAUUGUAGCGCGUUUCCCCAUAUGGCUUGUUCGAUUCGGGCUAUUUAGAUGUCUAAGGCCUCACCCGCAGUGGACGCUGAAACAAAGUAUCAUGAUUCGGCUCAUCCGCUUGAUAGUCAAUGCUCAAAGCCACGUCGGUAUCAGCGAUCCUAUCACUCUCAAACCUGGCGCUGAGAAAGAGCGAUUUGAAGUGAUUCGGCCAUUCUUGAAGGAGUUUUAUCAGGGCCCACUAGAUUCCACUGUGGCACCAACAACAAUAGGCGGCACAUGGUAUCCAAAUGUCACCAGGGGGCGAAGCGUGGGAUCAAAUGACUAUGUUAUCCUUCACUUGCACGGAGGUGCCUAUGUCACUGGUAAUGGGAGAGAUGCAAGUCUAGGCUUCCUCGCAAAUACCUUGGUGAAAUAUGCGGGAGCCGUCGCUAUAUUUGCUCCGCAGUACCGACUCUCAGGAUACGACAAUACCAACCCAUUUCCUGCCGCUCUACAGGAUGCGCUCACAAGCUAUUUACACCUUGUUCGAACACUCGAUAUUCAUGCUUCAAGUAUCGUGGUGUCAGGAGACAGCGCUGGUGGGAAUCUUGCCAUAGCCUUCCUUCGAUAUCUUUCCGAGUAUGGGAAGGAAUUGAAUAUCCCAAACCCACGAAGCGCAGUCCUCUUGUCACCUUGGGUUUCACCACUGAAUGCCCUCGGGGCUGACGUCACCUAUACCAGCAAUCCCUACUAUUCCACUGAUUACUUACCUUCUGAGUUUACUCGGUGGGGAGCGAUUACUUAUAUAGGGUCCAAUCUAGCAAGUGACCCAUACAUUACGCCGCUAGGAAAUCCCUUCGUAACACCGGUCCCCAUGUUCGUGAAUACAGGCGCGAUCGAGAUGCUCAACAUUGAUGGUACUCAAUGGUUAAAGGAGAUGACGAGAGAGAAAGGCAACACAAUUCAUUAUGAGUAUGAACCCGUCGCACCACACGACACUUUGCUGAUUGGUUAUAUGAGCGGAUGGGAGGAUAGCGCAAGGAAUGUAUCAGUGAAAAUUGGCGAAUUUAUCAGAUCGACAGAUAUUUCCCUGUACUCAAGGUAUAAAGAAGUCUAGGGAAAACCAUGACGGUAUUUCAUCGAUACUCGUAAAAAGCUAUUGAAAAGUCGUCAAUAUAAAAAAUGCCGUGAAUAUACAACGUCGUUCGAA